AUGUCAUACGAAACAUCAUACUUCCUCAGUAUCUUAAUCUUCGCUAUUGUUUUGUCAAUUUCGUUCGGCUAUGAGAAGAAAAGCCAAUUUGACGAUCUUUCAUCAGUUUUGAAAAGUGUUGAACGUCUUCGCUAUGGAAAACGAAGUCAAUGGAUAGAAUCUGCACCAUCGCCAAGUUCAGCUGAUGAUGGGUCUGAUCUGAAUUUCUUGAUUGGUGACGGAUUUCCGAGUGUUAAGCGAUCAACAGCUACCCAUAAGCUUAUACAAUCCUUGAAAGGAAUUGAUCGUUUGAGAUUCGGAAGAAAAUGA